GCAAACUGAAAAAGCAAUGAAGACAAUCCGCAUUUCAAAACAAGAAAAUUUUAGUUAUUUAGUACCCGUGAGCUGGAUGUUUUACAUAAAUUAUUUAUGAACCGCGAUUUUACAAUUCAAACAAAGAACUGUUUAUAUCAAAUCAAUUAUUUAUGCCUUUCAAAGAAAUAAGAUAACGGUCUUUAUAGACUCAAGCAAGUCGUUGUUUUUAUGGAUCAAAUUUUUCGAAUACCUACAUAUCUGGUCAGGUAUGACGUGACGUAGGUAUUAUUUUAAGUGCGAUGCAAAAGUAUUGUGAAAAUUAUUAAUUUCGUAAUUAUAGGCCAAAAGGUCUCAAAGUCAGUAAAUAGUUUAGUUGACAACUAGAUGUAUCAUGAAUCCCGUACGGAAUCCGACUUUGUUUGGAGACAUAGUUUCACCCCCAGUGAGGUUUGUGAUGAUGACAGCAUCGGCUUUGGAAAUUGAUUUAAACUUUCACAAAGUUGAUCUCUUCCGUGGAGAAAACAAAACGGAGUUCUAUACUAAGAUUAAUCGUCUCCAAAAAGUGCCUGCAUUAGAGAUAGAGAAUGAAGUGAUACUUGAAAGCAACGCUAUAGCUUUGUAUUUAUGCAACCGAAGUAAGGACAGAGAUUUAUAUCCCUCUGAAAUCUUGCCGAAAGCUCGAGUUGAUCAAAUGCUGUUUUUCAACUCUGGGGAAUUGUUUCCUCUCGACAGUGCUAUUUUUUCUGCUUUCUUCGCCAAUGAAUGGCCUAUUGAUGCGACACAAGUAGAAAAGUGGAAUACUUUACUUGAUUAUUUGGAAAGUGUUUUAGUCAAUUCCAAAUGGUUGGCUGGUGAAAAGAUGAGACUUUGCGAUUUAAGUUGUGCAGCAACAAUAAGCUCCCUGCGCCUGUUAAUACCUCCACUGAAACGACAUAGUAAAGUUAAUGACUGGUUGGAAAAUAUAAACGCACUCCCAUUUUCGCAUAUUAAUGCCGCAGGUUUAAAAGUUUUGAAGACAAAUGUAGAAACUGUUAAGGAUCGCCUAAGUGGUUACGAUAAACUCUCUAUAGCAAAGUAAUUAUUGCUGUCAAAUUUUAUAUUCAUAUAAAUCCCAUAUUUUGAAAAUUAUAAUAAUAAGGUGUAUUUUUUUCCUCCCUCUAAACAUGCCAACAGCUGGAUGGAGCUUUCUAUGAUAAUUGAUGUAUCGAAAAAUAUAAUCUUUUUUCUUUUUUGUAAUAUAUUUUAUAUUUUAAUAAACGAUUUUCUUUG